AUGCUCCCGCACUCGAGCUCGCACUCGCACUCGCCCUCGCGCCCUCGCCAGCCGCCGCCGUCGCGAGGAUCCAAACUCGGCUACUAUCGGGCCUCGAUUGCCUGUGUGGGCUGCCGCCGAAGCAAGACGCGAUGUCUCCUCACGCCCAGCAGAGAGCAGGACAGCUGUCUGAACUGUCGACGGAAGAACCAGCCCUGCGCUUUCCUGACCGUGGAUAAGAAGCCGCCGGAUUGGGUUCGGUCCAAGGGCAGGCCGACCAGAUCAGAGUCCACAUCCGCGUCCGAGUCCGAGUCCUCAGCAUCCUCACAACUCUCAGUGUCGCCGUCUACCACUGCCUUGAAUGUGCCCCGGGACUAUCCUGGCAGUGGCGACACUGACGCGCAAGCAAGCCAGCAGCAGCGCAAGCAACGCAACUUACUAGUACCCUGGGAUGGGAAUGUGCAUGUGCCAGAAUUCUCCUUCGGAACGCUGCCAACUCCCACGCCAGAGGCUCAUGCCGACCUUGAAGGCUGGGUCUAUGGGAAUCUGGACUCGUUCGUCUCCCUCGAUCAUAUGGGUAAUACUAAUGCCGGUCCCACCAUACCACAAUAUUCCGGGCUGAGCCCGAGCCCGGGCUUGGGAUGGGAUAUCAAUGCCCUGCCCCUAGAAUAUCCAUACAACCCAUACCCGCUCGAAACCGGUCAAUUCUAUCCCGCUUUCGAUCCUGCUGCCUUGGCCCGGUUGGCCCCAUACGGUGAUGACGGAUACUCCUAUCAGAUCUCCGGUGCAGGCACAUGA